AUGGCAAAUCCGAUACAGAGAAGCCUUCCACUCGGGGACACGUCUCAACUCCCAAACAUCAUCGGAACAACCCUCUUGCUCAUUCUAGCAUAUGUCGGCUACUCUUUCCUCUCGUCAACAAGGGCCUAUCCAAACAUUCCUCUUAUCAUCGGUAAAGGUGGGAUUGAAGAAUCAAGGCAAAAGUUCCGCGAACAGUCUGUCAAAUUCCUUGACACUGCUCUGAAACAAGUCAACGAUGUCUGCCAAGUUUGGACGGACGGUGGCCUCAAGAUUUUGAUACCGACGAAGUACAUCAAUGAGAUCCGCAACGACAAAAGGCUAGAUUUUCUCGAAGUUGUCAGGAAUGAGAACCUCGCUCAUUAUCGCAGCUUUUCCCCGUCAUACUUACCCAUGAAACACAACCACGUCACUGAUGCCAUUAGGACCAAACUAACCCAGUCACUCGGUAAAAUCACCGAGGGGCUUUCGGAAGAAACUGACUUCGCAUUGAAAAACCUCUUCCCUCCAAGCAAAGAAUGGGUGGUUACGAAACCUUUCUACCCCAUCGCUGUCGAUUUUGUAUCACAACUUUCCGCACGCGUCUUCCUCGGAGACAAGCUUUGCCGUGACCCCGAGUGGAUCCGCGUUUCCGGGGACUACACUGGCGCAAUUUUCAUGUCCAUCCAGAGCUUGCGCAAGUACCCAAAGUUCCUCCAGCCGAUUAUGUACUACCUGGGCCUUAUUCCCGAGAUCAAAGCCCUGGACAAGCUGGAGGAAAAGGCCACCGAGAUAAUCGAAAAGGAAGUCGCCAGGCAGAACGCCUUGGGCCCGGACAACGUCGACUCCAACUCGCUAAAGUGGUUCGCCGACGUAGCCAAGCAGAAGAAGAUCUCCGAAUACAACCCCGUCUUCGCGCAGCUCGCCCUGACCAUCGCCGCCAUCCACACCACCUCCAUGUCGCUGACCAACGUUCUCUUCGACCUCAUCGCCCACCCGGACCUCAUCGCCGAGCUGCGCCAGGAGAUCAUCGCCGUCAUCGGCACCGACGGCUGGAAGAAGACCAGCCUCGGCAACCUGCGCCUCAUGGAUUCCGCCCUCAAGGAGAGCCAGCGCCUCAACCCGCCCGACGCCUUCUCGAUGCGGCGCAGGGCGACCGAGGACAUCCGGCUGUCGAGCGGCGUCGUCAUCAAAAAGGGCGCCAUGGUCGUCGUCCCGCCGCGCAUCCUCCGCGACGCUGAAUUGUACCCGGAUCCGGAUGCGUACGACGGCCGGCGCUGGUACCGCUUGCGGCAGGAGCCCGGCAAUGAGAUGAAGUUUCAGUUCGUCCAGACGUCGGCUGAGAUGCAUGGGUUCGGACAUGGCGAGCAUGCUUGUCCGGGCAGGUUCUUUGCCAGCAAUGAGCUGAAGAUUGCGCUGUGCCAUAUGCUUAUGAAGUAUGAUUGGGAGUACGCGGACGCCAGGGAGCGGCCGGAGACUAUCACGAAGGCGGAGUUGAUUAUGCCCGAUCCGACGGUGAGGCUGAGAUACAAAUCGAGGGAGCCGGAGAUUGCUCUCUGA